CAAGUUAGCAACAAGCCCCGUAUCCAGCAGAUAUCCAGAUCUCUCUUGCGACUAUAAUUCGGGUAGAACAAAUUGAGGAAAAAUUGAAAUUAAACAACAUGUUCUUAAAACUUGUGUACGCUACAUUGGUACUCGCAUUGGUGAGUGCAACAACAGCUGCAGACGUAGUUGAAUGUGCUGCACUUGAUUGUGAAGCAUGUGUUGGUGACUGUCAAUGGAUGAACUGCACAUUUACAGCAACUCCAGAUGUCUCCUGUGUCAACGUCACCGUAAACAGUCAGAACAUGAGCAUAGGCGCCUGCUCCAAUGAAACCUGCUCAGUGCUGCCUUUUACUUCAAGUUCAGCCAAACCCCUUACCCCCAUCACGACUGCUAUCCCUACCCUCACCCCUACGGUCAGCAAUGUCACUAACAGCUCUACCACUGAGUCCACCACAGCUAACCUGACCACUGCAGUACCAACCGCCCUGCCCACUAACGGCACCGUCCCAGUCUCUGACACAACGACUGCUUCAAACAGCACUGCGUCACCAGUGGGGCCCUCUCCUGCACCUCAUAAGAAUGCAACGUUUGACGCAGCAAGCUUCAUUGGGGGCAUCGUGCUGGUCCUGGGCCUGCAGGCUGUGCUCUUCUUCCUCUACAAGUUCUGCAAGUCCAAGGACCGCAACUACCACACCCUCUGAAGGACCCACACCAACACCUACUCUGGCCCCCCACCCCUCCCGGGCCAGCUGGAACCUCCUAAUAUCAACCCCCUAACCCCUGGCCAUUGUGAUUCUCUCAAACAGUGUUUCUCCCACAAUCCCCACUCCUCAUUGCAUUGUGCUAGCAACCUGUGGUUUAGGCCUGUAGCCUGAAUACACACAUGGGCUGUAAACUAAACACACAACAGAAGGCUGCUGAGGAGAAGACGGCUCAUAAUAAUGGC